AUGGAAAUAUUGAAUGAAUUGGGUGUGCCUGCAGCUUAUAAAUCGCCCAUGGAGUACUUAUUUGAAGUUUACCAGAGAGCUUUUAGAUUGAAGAGGAUAAUUUCAAAAAAGGAUCCAUUGCAUGAUAUCAAGAUUUCAAUUGUCAAUUCAAUCAUAUCGCUUAGCUGUUCGUAUGGUUUUAUUUGCUUUCAAGUUCCGGAUAUGUACAUUAACAAUGAUAUAAGAAUUGCUAUUGAUGCGUUGAUCAACAACCCAGAUAUGGGUGGAUUUUUAGUCGACAUCAUAAAUGAAAGCAUUGAACAGGAAUCUCUUCUUGAGUUGUUAAAUAUAAUUUUCCCAACUUUAAGUUCCAAACUUUAUAAAGUGAACCUAAAUGACAGUUCCUACUCAAAGUACUUGUCACUAUUUGAAUCGCUAGUCAGCAUUAAGUCUGUGGCCGCAAUAUUUUCACAGGUUGACGGGUUUCAACCUCCUAAUAGAAAGGAAGGUUUGGAUUUUGAAAACAAGACUUUGUUUGGUUCUCUUUUAAGAUUAUCGCCCCUUUUAGAUUCAGUUAGUAAAUACUACUUUACAGAAAAUGUUGGAACUUUAUCAAAGGUUCAAUUGAAUUCGACUUAUGAAUCAUUACAAAAUGAAUACAAGGUUGUUUCAGAUAGAUUGUUCUUUAUUGUUGACAAGCUUAUCCGUGGAUCUUCACAAACUCGUCAAGAUAUAGUUACUUGGUUUGGAGAUCUCGUUAAUUUGAGUCAUUUAAGAAGGGGGAGCCAUGCUGAUUUAAGUAAAUUACCUUCUGAUGGUAUAAUGUUUAAUAUUUCCCUUAUAUUGAUCAAGUUGAGUUUGCCAUUCUUGGAAUACCCAACGUUUUCAAAACUUAAUAAGAUAGAUGGAGAUUACUUUGGUCGUAGCAGUCUCAUAGAUAUUUCUGAAGAAUCUAGAGUGAAUUCAUCCAUACCAGAAGCUAAUGAUUAUUAUAAUGGAAUAGAUAAUUCGUCUCCUAAUUUUAUCUCUGACUGCUUCUUUUUGACGUUAACAUAUUUGCACUAUGGUGUCGGUGGUAUAUACAAUCACCAUGAUAGAUUAAAGAACCAAAUCAAGCAAAUGACAUCAAGAGUGGAAAUGAUUGAAAACAAUCAAGUUCCACCAGGUACUAACCCCAUGAUGGCACAUGUUUUGAGGAGCCAACUUCCUAUGCUAACAAAAAGUUUGAACUCUAUGAAAGCCACUAAACAUUCAAUCCAAGCUAUUUUUAGCUUCCGUUCGAUGCAGUUGGAUAUGUUUGAUUUCAUAAUUGGUGCAACUACUUUUAUAACCAAGCUUAUUGAUCCAAGUCAUCAACAUCCUAGUAUCAAAUUGAAGAUUCCAUUAUUUAAGAUUGAUGCCGUUUCUCAGUUGGAUGAUCAUGAAUUCCUACAAACCAAAACCCCUGUCCCAUGGAAAUAUUAUCCAGAAUUCAUGUUAGAAGGAAUUAUUAACUACUGUAAGUUUAUAACUAACUUUAGGGGAUGUCCUUUGGUAGACAACCAUGAGAAAUUACUGUCGUUUGUUGAAUUUUCGAUUAUUUUAUUACGUUGCCCUGAGUUAAUUGGUAAUCCGCAUAUGAAAGCCCAUUUAGUUGAGGUAUUAUUUAUUGGAUCUUUGCCAAUGAUGAAUGGUGAGCCUGGAUUCAUUUCAAGCAUUUUCAACUCUAAUCAACUUGUGAUAGAUAACAUAUUGUACUCUUUGUUAGAUUUUUAUGUUAUGGUUGAGAAAACUGGGGCGUCGUCUCAAUUUUAUGAUAAGUUUAACAGUAGAUACUAUAUUUCUGUUAUAUUGGAAGAAUUAUGGAAGAAUGAAAUUUACAGAGAACAGUUAGGUGAUUAUUCCAAAAACAACGUUGAUUUCUUUAUUAGAUUUAUUGCUAGAAUGUUGAAUGACACAACAUAUUUACUUGACGAAACGUUCAACGAAUUAAACCUGAUUCAUAACUAUCAGCGUGAGUUGGAGAAGCGUGCUAAUGGACAACCUCCUAAUACGGAGGAAUUUGGAAAUGAUGAAGAGCUCACUAACAAUUUAAAUUCUUCUGAAAGAAAAGCCAAAUCUUAUGUUGGUUUAUCCAAUAAGACAAUGGAGUUAUUUAAAUUAUUCUCAAAGCAAACUCCACAGGGAUUUGAGUUGCCAGAAAUUGUGGACAGAUUAGCUGGUAUGUUGAAUUAUAAUUUACAAAUUAUGGUUGGACCAAAAUGUUCAAACUUAAAAGUACGUGAUCCAACAAAAUAUGAUUUUGAUCCUAAGAGAACGUUGAGUGACUUGUGUGAAAUUUACUGCAAUUUGUCAAACCAAGGGAACUUUGUGGUUGCGGUUGCAAGAGAUACAAGGUCGUUCUCUUUAGAGUAUUUUAGAAAAGCUGAAAGGAUUUUGUCUACCAGAACUUAUACCAGUCCAAAAGUAAUCGAGAAUUUAAUAAAGUUUGCACAGAAAGCUGAUGAACAAAGACAGACGGAUGAAGACGAAGAGUUGGAAUUAGGUGAGGUACCUGACGAGUUCUUAGAUCCACUUAUGUUCAUGUUAAUGGAAGAUCCAGUUAUCUUGCCAGGGUCCAAAAUUAGUAUCGACAGGUCGACGAUUAAAGCCCAUUUAUUAAGUGAUUCAACAGACCCAUUCAAUAGAAUGCCACUAAAAUUGGAAGAUGUUAUUGAGGACACAGAGUUGAAACUGAAAAUACAAGAGUUCAAGCGUCUGAAGAAAGCAGAAAAAAUCAAUCAGAAUCAAGACGUUGAGAUGACCGAUGCGUAA